UGUUAUUGUUAUUGAACUACCAAGGAACCGGAAACCUGAAUAAAUACUAGGUCGUAACCCGAAACUGUAUUUUUUAAAAGAAAAUAAUACCAUUGAGGAUGAAAAUAACUGGUUUAUGAGAUCUAGACACAACUGAAAUAUUUUAUACUCAAAAAUACUCUCCUUCUAUUUAAUAUAUUAAGUGAAAAUAUAUUUUUAACACGUGUUGAAUAAAAAAUAAUAAUGUUGACAAUAUCGACGUUCUCGUGUAUAUUUUUUAACAUAAUCAAAUUUACCUGAAGUGUAUUGUUUUCCAUGACCAUAGUAAAGUUGUUUAAAUUAGAACACUUUUCAAAUAACCUAAUUUUUACAAACAGUACAGAUUAAUAUAUUUACAAAACAUGACUGGACGACACAUUCUGCAAUUGUAUCAAAAAUUUCUCAACAAACAUCCGUAUUUAGUCCAAGCAAUUCAAACUGGAGCUCUAAUGGGUGCUGGCGAUUACAUAUCUCAAACAUUAGUAGAAAAGAAAUCUAUGAAAAAUAUUGAUCUUGUCAGAACCCUAAGAUUUUCUUCAAUAGGAUUUUUUGCUGGUGGUCCAGCACUACGAGCUUGGUAUGGAUUUUUAAAUAAAUAUAUAGGUUCAAAGGGUAAAACUGUAGCACUGAAAAAAGUGUUUGUCGAUCAAGCUGUUUUUGCUCCAAGUUUUCUUCUUUUCAUCCUUGUAACUUUGGGAGUAAUGCAAGGAAAACCUUUAGAACUUAUAGAAAAAGAUAUCCAAACCAAUUAUUUAGAUAUACUAAAAACUAACUAUUAUGUUUGGCCAUUUAUACAAAUUGUUAAUUUUUAUUAUAUUCCCUUGCAAUAUCAAGUAUUGAUCGUCCAGACUGUAGCCUUGUUUUGGAAUACAUAUUUGGCAUGGAAAACAAAUAGAGAUGAAUUGACACAAUAAUAUGUAUAUCUUGCCUAUUAGAAAUUUUGCAUUUGAUCUGAUAUACCUUUGAAUAAUAAAGAUUUCAGAUCUACUCAUUACAAAUAAUAGAACUCAAGUAUUAAACACUAGUAUUUUUUAUUUAAGCUAAAGUAACAAAACAGUACAUGUAUUAUUU